GUCUUCGGUGACGGCCGCGUUGUUUGUUCAUCCGAAAACUGGACUCAAAUGGUGCUCGGACUGCCAGUUGGUGGAAGCUUGACAGUUCGCCCUUGGAUCGCGUUCGUGUGUGGUGGCAUUUGCGGGAAAUUUUCCGAUUAUUUCGAUUAUUCCGAGAUAGGUCAGGACACGGCACAUCUGUGCGCUCGCCAGGCUAUCGAAGGUGACGGCAGCCGGAACUGGUCACAUGGAUUCGGCUCGCUGAAAAUUUGAAGUUCCGUUUGUGAAAUCGCGAAUGUUGCGGAACUUUACCCCUCCGGCGGUUUGAGUCGACAUUAAACUUUGAUAGCCGAGCUGCGAGGUGAUUUUCGAGCGCGUCAAUGAAGUGAUGUAUAAAUAGUAAGCUACUGAUAGCUGCCAUCCGGAGUGGUUCCGCGUGAAGUUUGAACGUGUGUCGAAAAGGCAAUGAUUAAAAUUUAAAAUCCAAUUCGACAAAUUCGUGGUAAAGUUUGAUUUAUUGUUGGCAUUCGCCACCGUGACCGUUCGAGAGGAACGUUUUCUUAGAUCGGUGGCACCUUCGGUUGUUUGUUUGAGGACGAAACGAAAGAGAGAGAAAAAUAAACGUAAAGUUUCCACCAGAUUGUCGUUUUCGGUGGGCUGGGCCCAAACAAGACGAAGUGUCGGCUUUCCGCAUCUCCACCGGAUGCUGUUGGGACGGGUGCGGGGUGUGGUGGCGCCGUUGAAAAUGUGGAAAAAAGUGCUGUUCACUUGGCAAUAGGCAGCGCAGAUGUGAGUGUUGAGUGUGUUCCGUGGAAGUCAAUUCCACGUCCAGACGCUGGCUGCUGGCUGGCAAGCAGCGAAUGAAGAGGUUACGAAGAAUCCGUAGAAGAUUGUCCCUGGACCAGUCAGUGAAUGGUGUAAAUACGAGUACACUGCCGAGAGCUAUUGAUAGUCAAAUCAAUAUGUCAUCCCGAAGGCGAUUUAUAAUGGAAAUGGAGCAAUUUAUUGCGUUCCUUGGGAAGUAGGGAUUGGUACCGCGAUCGAACGUGUUUCCCGGGGGCAAAUUUCGGUUACGUUUGAAAUAUUACAGUUCGUACACCCACGCCUAGUUUGACGGAAUCGAUGGAAACCAAUCUGUCUAUCUGUUUUCGGAGAAUCUCAGCCAAGUAGUGCGAAUGCAGAACACACUCAAGCUUAGUUGAUAAACGGGUUUGGAAAUUCUGUUUAAUUCUGGUAUUACAACAAACGAGUUUCAGAUCCUCUCUGAUCCCUAUGAUAGUAGUGCUUAAGUAAUUGUCAAUUCCAACAGUCAGUGUGAGGUGGAAAAAAUCAGAUUGAGAAAAGGAAACAUUGUAAAAGUGUGUUACUAUCGGAUAAAUCUUACAUCCGAUCGUAGCUUGUUUUUUUUUCUCCAUUCGAUAAAAAGUGCACAGUAAAAGAAUAAUCAACAUUUACUUGCACAAAACAAAAGUAAAACAAGCAUCGGUGACGCCACAGUCCAAAGCCAAUAUUGUCACAGAUUGUGUGAGACAAAUAGCUCACCGGCUAUCGCAACCACGAUCUCGGAGCACGGGCUCCCCUUGUCACAUGUCCUGACAACGGAAGAACAAAAUACACAAAUAACAACAUUCGCCAGUGGGUGUGUGGGACCGAAAGCUCACGGCAAAGGAAAAGUUCCCGCUGAAGAAAACCAUCACCCACCCACUGCAGUGGGGUCAGAAAAAUAUCCCCGUCAAAGUUCGCUUGAGUUCGCUUGGCCUGUACAAUCCGGUUGUUUUACCAGUUGGUUGUGAUCCUCAAAGUUCUCGAAAUAACGUGAAAAAAGUAUAAUAAAUUUCCCGGGCAGCAAACAGCGAAAUUGUACACACACACACAAAAAGAAAAAUCACAAACCUGCGAAACAAAACAAAAAAUACCGACAAUUAUGGAAUUAAUCAUGACGGGUGGCCUCGAGCCACGGCAAACGGACCGGGUCUGGUCGGCCGGGUUGGCAUGCCGAUGGCAACUGUGGCACUUUGUGGUCGCGUUACUGCUGCUGGUAACGACGUCGCCGACAAACGCACAGACGCCAACGGAAAAAAUCCCUCUGGGAGCCAUCUUCGAGCAGGGAACGGACGAAAUCCAGUCGGCCUUCAAGUUUGCUAUGCUGAACCACAACCUGAACGUGACGGCCCGUCGUUUCGAGCUGCAGGCCUAUGUUGACGUAAUUAACACAGCGGAUGCGUUCAAAUUAUCACGCCUCAUAUGUAAUCAGUUUUCCCGCGGUGUAUUCGCCAUGCUCGGUGCCGUGUCGCCGGAUUCCUUCGACACGCUGCACUCGUACAGCAACACAUUCCAGAUGCCGUUCGUUACGCCCUGGUUCCCGGAGAAGGUCCUAACGCCGUCAUCCGGCUUUCUCGAUUUCGCUAUCAGCAUGCGGCCGGACUACUACCAGGCCAUAAUCGACACGGUGCGGUACUACGGCUGGGAUCGGAUCAUCUACAUGUACGACUCGCACGACGGUUUGCUUCGGCUACAACAGAUCUACCAGGGCCUUCGGCCAGGCAACGAAACAUUCCACGUGGAAACCGUCAAGCGGAUAGCCAACGUCAGCGAUGCUAUCGAGUUCCUGCGUACCAUCGAGGAGCUGAACCGGUGGUCCAGGAAACACAUCGUACUGGACUGCAGCACCGAGCUGGCCAAGGACAUCGUGGUGAGCCAUGUGCGUGAUAUUACACUCGGCAAACGGACAUACCAUUAUCUGCUCAGUGGGCUGGUGAUGGACGACCGCUGGGAGAGCGAAGUGAUCGAGUAUGGUGCGAUAAAUAUCACCGGCUUCCGGAUUGUGGACACCAGUAAAAAGUACGUGAAGGAAUUCCUCGAUGGCUGGAAACGGCUGGAUCCGACGACGUCGCAGGGUGCCGGAAAAGAGCUAAUCUCCGCCCAAGCCGCCCUGAUGUACGAUGCGGUGUUCGUUCUGGUGGAGGCAUUUUCCAAAAUUGUCCGAAAGAAACCGGACCAAUUUCGGGCGUACACAAUGCGCAACCGGGGUCAAUCGUUCAGUCUGCCAACAAACGGAACCCGUACCCUGGACUGCAACAUGUCCAAGGGCUGGGUAACACCGUGGGAGCAUGGCGACAAAAUUUCACGCUACCUGAGGAAGGUGGAAAUUUCCGGCCUCACGGGAGACAUAAGAUUUAAUGAAGAUGGCAAACGGCAAAACUACACCCUGCAUGUGGUCGAGAUGACGGUGAACAGCGCCAUGGUGAAGGUGGCCGAGUGGUCCGACGAGAACGGGCUGACACCGGUGGUGGCCAAGUACACCCGGCUGAAAACGGACAUGAACUACGAGAAGAACAAGACCUACAUCGUAACGACCAUCAUCGAGGAACCGUACAUUAUGCUGCGCCAGCCGGAACCCGGCGAGACACUGGAGGGCAACGAUCGCUUCGAGGGUUACUGCAAGGAUCUUGCUGAUUUAGUGGCAAAAAAACUUGGCAUCAACUAUGAACUACGCAUCGUGAAGGACGGACAGUACGGCGCCGAGAAUCCGGACGUGAAGGGCGGCUGGGAUGGAAUGGUCGGCGAGCUGGUCCGGAAGGAGGCGGACAUCGCAAUCGCAUCGAUGACAAUUACCUCCGAGCGGGAACGUGUUAUAGACUUCAGUAAGCCGUUUAUGUCACUCGGCAUUUCCAUUAUGAUCAAAAGACCGGUCAAGCAAAAGCCGGGCGUGUUCAGCUUUCUCAAUCCGUUGUCGAAAGAGAUUUGGAUAUGCGUCCUGUUUAGCUACGUUGGCGUCAGCAUUGUGCUGUACAUCGUGUCACGCUUUUCGCCGUUCGAGUGGCGGCUGGUUAAUUAUAACGACAAAGGAAACGCGUUUGGCCUACUUGCAGGCGACCAACCGGAUGCCGUCCCACAGGCCACGGUAAACGAGUUUAGCAUCCUGAACUCGUUCUGGUUUGCCCUCGGUGCGUUCAUGCAACAGGGCUGUGACAUUUCACCACGGUCCAUCUCUGGCCGGAUCGUCGGCUCGGUCUGGUGGUUCUUCACACUCAUACUGAUCUCGUCCUACACUGCCAACCUGGCGGCGUUUCUCACCGUGGAACGCAUGGUCACACCGAUCAACUCGCCGGAGGACCUAGCCUCGCAAACCGAAGUCCAGUACGGGACGCUCAUCCACGGUUCCACGUGGGAUUUCUUCCGGAAGUCACAAAUCUCGCUCUACAGCCGCAUGUGGGAGUACAUGAACUCACGAAAGCACGUGUUUGUCAAAACCUACGACGAGGGCAUCCGGCGGGUGCGAACGUCCAAAGGCAAAUACGCACUGCUCAUUGAAUCACCUAAGAAUGACUAUACCAACGAGCGGGAGCCGUGCGACACGAUGAAGGUGGGCCGGAAUCUCGAUGCGAAAGGAUUCGGCGUCGCCACGCCCCUGGGAUCACCACUGAGAGACCCCAUCAAUCUAGCGGUACUGUCAUUGAAGGAAAACGGUGAACUCACCAAGCUGGUUAACAAAUGGUGGUACGAUCGGACGGAGUGCAAGCACAGUGAAAAACAGGACGCUUCCAGGAAUGAACUAUCGCUGAGUAACGUGGCCGGUAUUUUCUACAUACUGAUCGGUGGACUGCUGGUGGCACUCGGUGUUGCAUUGGUGGAGUUUUGCACGAAGAGUGCCAACCGGUCAUCCAACCGGAUUCCUCUUUCCGACACGAUGAGUUCCAAUUCCAACUCGAAAAACAGACUGACAAUGCCACCGACUACUCGGGACUACGACAACGGUCGAAUUGGCUACUACACCCCGUCGACGCACUCCGAACCCGACCCGAUCCAUGCCAACUCGCACACGCAGGUUUGAUGUAAGGAGCCACCGGAGUUGCGCCUAUGACGACCACCGUACGCACCAACCAUUCGGCAAAUCGUGGCCAACAGUCAGCACGACACGUCCACUUUGUUGAAACAGCGAAGUUCCGGUGGCUCAGGAGCUCCUACCGGCAGUAUUAUCGGUCCCGGGGGGUUAGUGAUGGACAAUUCCGGCUUGUAAAGCCUUCCUUCUUACUGUCACACGAAAGCCCCACACCCACACCGAACCGAACCGCAAAAACAGAUAUGACAAAAUAGUCCUACUUUAGAGAGCCUCGUAUGGCAUGCGACAAAGUCACACAGCGUCUAGUAAUCAAGAAUCAUCAAUGAUACGAAAUUUAGAUCGUGAUUGUAAGAAAAAUUGUAUAUAGUUUAGUAUUUGUUAUGAAAUGUAAAAUUUAAACCCUAGGUAAUUAAAAUUAUUACAAUAAAUGUAACUGAAUUGGACGCGAUUUUGCCGCAACUUGGGUAAACUCAAGGAACGAACUGAAAAUUUAAAAAACAUAAAAAGAAAUAAACACUGCUCGCUGUUAUUCGUUCACUGAACCGAUAAUGAAUAAUUCAAUCGAACGUUAUAAUAAUGAUACAACAAACCCAGUAAAACCAAAAAAAAACAAAACUCUAUACAAGACAACACAAGACACAUAAGCAUUGUAAAGUCGAAACAAUAGUUCUACCUUUAAACAAUCGUACGAAGUAAGAAAAAUACCCAAUUACCAUGCAUUUCAAGAAUCAAAUACCGGAACGAAAAUCAAUUGACAAAAGUUUAAAGGAAAAUAAAAUAGUUUGCCUUUCGUUGGAAGAAAACAACAUUUUUGCAACUUUCCUCGAAUCGACACAAACAAAAGGGAUUCUUCUCUUCCUCAACUACAAACAUAUUGUAAAUGGACGAACACUUUACGGUGAAUCCUAUGAGUAUCUACUAAAUUAAAUACAUCCAAAUUACUAUAAAUGUGCGCAUUUCGGGGGACGACCGAUCGUUGGGAGAAUGAAAGUUGAUGGUGUCAAAAUCGAACUUUAAUAAUAUCAAAAACAAAACAAAACUGAUGUGUUAAGCAGUAAGCAUAAGUUAAGCCUCUGAUGGAAAUUAAGGAAACAGUAAAAGAAAAACAAUGUAUUGUUUUACCAGUAUUGGGUUUGUACAGUGAAUGAGAUAUCGUUUUGUUGGCAAAUGUUUUUUGAAAUAAAUCAAAUUCUAGACAACUUUUAA